AUGACGUCCGACAUCAAGAUCCCAGCCUUCGAGGCAACACCACUGGACAGCAUCCCCAAGAUAGCCGCUUCAGCCCGCAGCUCAUACGCGUCGCAGAAGACGAAGGACGUCGAAUGGCGUCUGGUGCAGCUGCGCAAACUGUGGUGGGGGCUCACAGACUACACCGAGAAGCUCCAAGCCGCGCUGAAGCAGGACCUGAACAAACCAGGCCACGAUGCGCUGCUCUCUGAGAUCAACUACACCAUCUCCGACCUGAACAACACCAUCAAGAAGCUCAAGGCCUGGGCUAAGGACGACACGAACCUGGACUACCCGCUGACUUUCACGGCCUUGAAGCCGCGCCUCAGAAAGGAGCCCCUCGGCACGGCCCUCAUCAUCGGGCCGUACAACUUCCCCCUCAUGCUGAACAUCUGCCCCUUGAUCGGUGCCAUAUCAGCCGGAUGCACAGCCGUCAUCAAGCCCUCGGAGAGCGCACCCGCGACGGCCAUGGUUAUGAAGGAGAUGAUAGAGAAGUACCUCGACCCGACAGCCUUCUCCGUCGUCAACGGCAUGAUCCCCGAGACGGCCGCCCUCCUGAACGAGAAGUGGGCCAAGAUCUUCUACACGGGCGGCCUCACCGUCGCCAAGAUCGUCGCGAGGAAGGCCGCCGAGACGCUCACGCCCGUGACGCUCGAGCUCGGGGGCCGCAACCCGGCCUUCGUCUCGCGGUCCUCGGACCUGGCGCUCGCGGCGCGCCGGCUGAUGUGGGGCAAGACGCUCAACGCGGGCCAGGUGUGCAUGUCGCACAACUACGUGCUGGUCGAGCGCGACGUCGUCGACGACUUCAUCAAGUGCAUCAACGCGACGUACAAGGAGUUCUUCCCGCAGGGCUGCCAGGCCAGCCCGGACUACGCUCGCGUCGUCAACGAGCGCCAGUGGGACCGCAUGAAGAAGAUGCUCGAUACCACAAAGGGCAGGAUCGUCAUGGGCGGCGAGCUCGACCGCGCCGACCGCUUCAUCUCGCCCACGGCCGUGCUGGUCGACUCGGUCGACGACCCCAUGAUGGCCGAGGAGUCCUUCGGGCCCAUCUGGGCCAUCCUGCCGUACGAUGACCUGGACGAGGCGAUCAAGACUAUGAAUACCGUUGAUCCGACGCCGUUGUCGCUCAUGACGUUCGGUUCGAAGGCUGAAAACGAGCAAAUCAUCAACCAAGUAACCUCCGGCGGCGCCAGCAUCAACGACAGCUUCAUGCACGGCUGCGUGUCCACGCUCCCCUUCGGCGGCGUCGGCGAGUCCGGCACGGGCUCGUACCACGGCAAGGCGGGCUUCGACUGCUUCACGCACCAGCGCACCAUGGUGACGACGCCCGGCUGGAUGGACAAGCUGCUGCGCGUGCGGUACCUGCCGCACUCGCCGGGCGACUUCAAGCAGUUCCAGUGGAUGAAUGCCGCCAAACCCGACUUCGACCGCGACGGCAGGAAGACCUCUGGUAGUGGUUUGGGUUACUGGCUGUGGAUGGUGCUUGGGCUCGGUGGGCCUUCUGUUAAAGGUGCGUUGGCGCGCUGGCUGCUUGUGCUCGUGGGAGCUUGGGGGGCGAUGACGCAGUAUCAUAAGUUUUCGUCUUGA